CAUUGUUAGCUUCAGGGAAAGACACCCAUCACUAAAAAAAAAAGUUUUCAAAAGUAAGUCUCCACGGACCUAUCGGCUGUCUGAGAGCAUAGAGCAAGCUGAGGGAACUUAAUAAACCAUCUACCUCGACUUAAUAGCACUUGAAAGGUCAAGUUGUCAUCUUGCACGUGUUGAUUUCCAGUAGAUCGCUCAAGAGACCCUUCAAGACACACGUGGGACUUUCUGAGAUACCAACAAAGAAAUGGCAGCGUCCUUGAAAAGGGGUAUAGAAGUUGGGGUGCUUCUUUGCAUCGCGUUUACGUGUGUACUGACGAGCUGCGUUGUGAAUGACGGCAGUACAGUCGAGCAGAGGACUAGGGAUGUACCGUUGGUUAUAAAAGGCAUAGUCACUUCAAGGAGUCACACGGGCAGUAGUAUCAAGAUUAGAGUCGGUAAGAUUCUUAAAGGAAGUAAUGAAUCGGUGGCUCAGAAUGAGCUAGAUCUGGUCAUCUUAGAAGAGGAACAAUCGACCACCGCUGGGACGACAAUGACAAUCGAGACAAGCAAUGCGACUGUGACAACAUCUCUGAACACGACAACAUCACCUAUGAACAUUUCACUGUUGUCGAGCAAUGAGUCGUCGACAUCCACCAUGAUGAUGCAGUCGACGUCUCAGGCUGCGACGCAAUGCUUGGACGGAGUUGGUAUGUUCGACCGAUACAUCUUCUUCUUACGCCCUCUGGAUGACGAAGGAGUGAGGUUUGAGAUCGUCAAAGACGCCGUGCCCCAAUCCAAAGAUAACUUGAGAAAGGUUCGACAAGUCGUCAAAGAGGCAAAGAGUGAAGAUGGUAAUGAAACUUUAGAGUUGACGAUUCCAGAUUCUCACCAAGCCGCAUGCGAGACUGGCAACGGAUCAAAAUGGGAUCUGUACUGCAUGAACGGUGGACGAUGUGGUUACUGGAAACAUCUUGGCACACACUUCUGCAUUUGUAGAUUUCCAUACUCUGGUGCAAGAUGUGGCGUCGUUGAUCCCGCUACAAGAACUGGAGACCAGCCGAUUGAUUUGAACACAACUACAUUAGGGAUAGCUGCAAUUCUCGCCAUAUUGCUCCUAGUGGUUAUCAUCUGUGGUAUUGCAUACAUCCGAAACAAGAACUCCAUUUGGCGGAGAAGAAUAAAGGAAGUCGAAAAAAGAGCCAAGUAUUUGUCUUCAGGAGCCUAUUCCCAGAAUUCUUCGACGAGGCGCGAAAGCCCGAUAGGGGGCGUUGUUGGUUAUAAGCACAACUCGGCCAGCAGUGUGGUCAUAUUCCAAGAGCCAUCAGAAGGCAAACCUUCUCGAGCGAGCUCCCUAACUUCAAAUCAGUACAAACAACUAACCGAGGUACAACUGAAUGGAUCCAACGGUGACGUCCGAGACCAGAAUUCGAACAGGGCCUCUAGAUCUAGUAUGGUUUAGCAACAAUACAUUUUUUGUUGUUGUAAAUAAAUAUUAAGUUAUUUUUUAAGUUAGACUAUUAUGUCGUACUAUGUACUAGCUGUUUUAUGCGACGUAAAAGCUCUUAAAAAUGAGGGUUUUUAAAAUUCAUUUUAUGAAGUCGAGUAAAACGCGGGGGCCAUCAUGUGCAGACAGAUUAAUACUUGUUUGUUGUCAAACGCCUUCAAAAGGCACGUUUUUGUUAUUGUUUGUGUUAAAUUAAAAGUUAUUUUGUAAACUGGUGAGCACAGCCCUGAUAGCACAUUAUUAUAAUAACAACAAUGUUCAGAUUUAAAAUGAAGUCUGACCACACUAAUAUCGUCUCUCAUUUUUAACACAUUAAAAACCUUGACGAUGCAUCUAACAAUUAACAAGUCUCUGUUAUUCUUAACAGCUGGCAAAUAAUGGGAGAGUGUUUGAAGGGAAUAGAAAUGCUAAACCUGUGAUUUAAAUGUCUUUAAAAGUGUAUAAAAGUGUAGAUGUGCCGCUAUUAACACGACACCAGUACCACUUUGUAUUCAAUAAUAGUAGGUCACUUAUAUUAUUUUUUAUAUUCUGAAUUAGUUUUGACGUAGCACUCAUUGUCCUUCAAUGAAAGGCUUUGGAACGCUAGGUGGCAGCACACUUAACCUCGACUCGACCCAAUUUCAUGGGCCC